ACCAACGAGAUCAAGAAAGCGCCGGGACGAACACGCCUGGAUUUCAGCACCAAUCCAGUGGUGACAGCUCCGUAUCGCAAGGUGAGCUUUCCAAAAUUGGAAGAGGGAUUUCGGCUUUCUGCGAUGCUGAUCGAGAGAGGGGAAGAGCGGGAAUUCCGCCGCUGGGCUCUCUGACAAGGGGCCGCUUACACGGGGCAGAGAGAGAGAGAGAGAAAAGAGAGAGAUAGAGAGAGGGCGAAGACGGGAGCGGGCUCAGCGCGACGAGGGAUCUGUCAGACACAGCACGAGUUUGGAGCGGCCCCCUCUCUCCGCUCUGUUCGGGUCCCUUGAAUUUCGGCUGGGGAUUCGAAUAUCAUUCCAGGACAGGACUCUCUGUAAGAAUUUCAACGCUCAGCCGCCGUAGUUUUGUAGGUGAUAUUUAACGCUGUGUGUAUACACCUAAGCUGAAUUCAGACUCGGCGCUCACUCCAAUUCUGGUGCUAACUACAGACUCUUCCUGUACUUCUCCGCGUUGCUGGGGAAAACGAAUCCUGGAUCUCUGCUUUUCGCUACCAUUCAUCACGUUUUCUUUUUCUCUAUCCACAACUGUCGGUUCAGAAAUGAGCCUUUGUAUCGAUCACAACUUGGGAUCUCCCGGAUCAGAAUCUUAAGGGGCGAAACAGUACAAGAAUCAACCAAGGAAGGAAACUGUAGAAACCACUCGGACAAUGGGAGGAGCCGGAACGCCCUGUAUGUAGUAGAGCUGGUGGAUGGACUUUACAAAUGUAAUCUCGGAAACUUGAAUACUCUGUCCCAAAGUGCACCUUCUCGAUUCCGAGAGAGAGAGGAAUCGAAUUGAAGAUAAUCCAAGACAAUCGUUGAAGGAGAAGAGAUCAACCUCUGACCUUUGGCGGGAGAGCUGCAUGAGGAAAGGGGCUAAGGGAUCAUCGUGAAGGGUCUGGAAGAGAGAGAGAAAGAGAAAGAGCAAUAAACAGUUCUACAUUCAAGAUCGACAACUCAAGACUCUGAUGUAAAAAGAAGCCAAGACACAACAUCACUGUUCGAAUGGUUUGAUGGAGAACUGGUCGGAUGACAGCUGGAACUGUUGUUAUCACUGGUGGAAUACUAGCAACAGUGAUACUGCUUUGUAUCAUAGGUGUGCUCUGUUACUGUAGACUCCAGUAUUAUUGUUGCAAGAGUGAAUCGGACGAUGAGGAGGAAGACUCAGAUUUACACCCUCACCCACACUUGGCAUGCGACGCCUGCAACGCGCACUUUGUGGACGGGUUUCUCACUCAGCUGCCUGCGCCGGUUGAGCCCAGACAGGCAGCGGCGAGGGCCUCGUGUCCCGACUGCUCCCCCCGCCGCUCCCCAUUUUACAUACAGACCGCCGAGGAGAUGCGCAACGGAGGUGAUCGCGUCGCCUACACUCCCGCCCGCUACAAAGAGGCGGGCCCGCCCUUCAAAAUGGCGUCGCUCCAAGGUUACCCGGUGAGCCGCCAGAACACGGUGCGGGAGACGAUGGCCAGCGUCAGGGCUAUAAGUACUGAGGUGUGAACUAGGGGUGGGAGAGAGGGCGGCAGUCGGAGGAGGAGGCAACAUCCUUCCAUUGCUGGGAAAGCAAAAAAAAAUACCCUGCAAAAAAAAAUGUCUUUGAACAAGAGGUUCCAAUAAAGGAAAUGUAUCUUUCCCAAAUGGUCAGUGAAUUGAGGAGAGCGUCUGUCCUGUGGCCUAUCUGGACACUUUGGUUCCUUUCAUCUGAGAGAACAACAUGAUCAAGGGAUAGAACUACCCCUCGCUUCACUCCUCUUUGGGAGUCACAAACUUUGUACAGGAACUUCAAACGCAAGGAGGGAGCAGCUGACUCCUCAAUUUUUCAGAGGUUAAGGACGCUGCAUUUUCAAUUGUGAGAUUUGAAGGUGAAGUGGAGUGGAAUUUAAGCAUUUACAAUCAGUCAUAGAGCCUUAUCGUGUGGAAACAGGCCCAUCAGCCCAACUUGCCCACACUGGCCAACAUGCCCCAUCUACACUAGUCCCACCUGCCUGCUUUUGCUCAUAUCCCUAUAAACCUGUCCUAUCCAUGUUUCUGUCUAAAUGUUUCUUAAACAUUGUGAUAGUACCUGCAACGUACUUUAUAACAUUUAAGGCUGUGGAGGCCAAAUCAAUAGAAGUUUUUAAGGCAGAGAUUGACAGGUGUUUGAUUCAUAUGGGUGUCAGGGGUUAUGGGGAGAAGACAAAGAAUGGUGUUGACAGGGAAAGAUAAAGAAGACUUGAUGGGCCGAAUGGCUUAAUUCUGCUCCUAUAACUUUUGACCUUAUCUGGAAACCUAGCCAUGCCGGAGAUGAGAAAUCUUAAUGUUAACAACAUUAUUUUUUUAUGGUUCUUUAAACAUUUUUUGUCAAUCAGUCAUUAAACUAGAGGAGAUUUAGCAGGUGAAGGAAGCGGGGGGAAUUUUCUGAUUUUGGAAUAGUUUGUGGCAGGUCAUCAUGUAAUGAAACAUAAUCCUUGAGGAACCUUCAGCACAAGUGAUGAGUGCAAGCCCCAGUGAGACGGGGAAAUCACUCUCCUGUGUUCAGAUUUCGGGAUGAGGCAGGGUCAGAUAUGGUGGUGACUGCUAUCUCUUCACAGCCAAACAGCUGGCAUCAUUGCCAGGGCUUACAACUGGGUGAGAUAUCUUAGACCUGCUCCUGGGAGAGAUUUGAUCCCUAGGGUGGCACAGUGGCACAGCUGGUACAGCUGCUUCUUCACAGAGCCAGAGGCCCAGGUUCGAUUUAGUUCCAUUUAGUUUAAAGGUGCAGCAAGGAAACAAGCCGUUCAACCCACCAAGUCCACACCAACCAUCGAUUACCCAUUCACGCUAGGUCUAUAUAAUCCCACUUUCUCAUCCACUCCAUAUGCAAUAGUGACAAUUUACAAAUGCCAAUUAACCUACAAAUGUGCACGUCUUUGAGAUGUGGGAGGAAUCCGGAGCACCCGGAGAAGCACAGGGAGAACACUCAAAAUCCACACAGACAGUACGUGAGAUCAGGAUCAAACCCUGGGUCUCUCGCACUAUGAGGCAGUACCUCUACCAGCUGUGUCACUGUGCCGCCCAAUUUUGUCCUUGUAUGCUGUCUGCGCGGAGUUUGUAUGUUCUCUCUGCAACCACAUAGGUUUCCUCCGGGUGCUCCAGUUUCCACCCUGCGUCCCAUUUUUGGAGGUUAAUUGGCCUCUGUAAAUUUACCUUGGGGUGUAGCACGUGGGUGCAAAAUUGGGAUAACAUGUAACUAGUGUGAAAAGGUGAUCAAUGGUCGGUGUGGACUCGAUGGGCUAAAGGGCCUGUUUUCACGCAGUUUCUUUCAAUAAAUUCAAUCAAUAAUUCAGGGGAUAACCAAGUGGACUGUUGAAUGUGCUGGAAGUGGAUGAAGCCCCAGUGCCCCCUGCCUCCAUAACACAAAUAUUCAAGCCCAAUAGUUGAGUGGGUUUCAGUGAUGGGAAGGCAGGAGAAAGGCGUUUUGAAAAAGUGGGGUUUCAAAUAUUAGAUGUCAAUGAAGUGAAUUCACUGCAUUCUAUUCCGAGACAUCAGAGGAGCUCGUCCAUGCUAAACAAAGAUACUCAGAAUUGUCAGGAUCCCUGAUGCUUAUCAUAUCAUAAAAGACAGGACCGUUUCAUUCGGUUCAGCCCUCUUUCUUUGGACUAAAAAAAAAUGAAGCCUAUUGAAACAUCCCCUAAUUGGUGGUCUGAUGUAUCAGCUGGUCUGGUGGGAACAUUCGCAUAAGAAUGAGAAUCACAUCCAUGUAAACCAUGCACGCUCUCUGCUAAAGCAACACACUCGCCUUCCCACCACAGUGUGCGACUUUCCGAUUUCAGUCAUUCUCGACGCAAAAGUACUUGUUUGUGCAUAAUAGCUUCAACAAUAAUGAAUGUGAGGUGGCUUUGCUGCCUUAGAAAUUAUAAAACAAGCAACACAAAUAAUCUAUAAAACUUGUAAAUGGAGAAAAAUAUAUAAUGUUGGUAUCUCAAAGAAUUUCGAAAGACAUCUCUUUCUUUUGUUUUUAAAGAUAUGUUGGCUCCCUGUAUACUUCCCUAAGAUCAUGAUGUAUCUGUCAAUGGAUGAACAUCAAUACAAUGGAAUCACCCUCUGUAUGUGGUGUGUUGGCUGAGAUACAGCAAGUUUCAAGGAGACAUCUGGAUCAAGUCUUAAUUUAAAGUAGACUCGACUAACGGCAAGGACAUCUCUAUUUAGUUGCUGACGAUAGACACAAAAAGCUGGAGUAACUCAACAGGUCAGGGAGCAUCACCGGAGAAAAGGAAUAGGUGAUGUUUCGGGUUGAGACCAAUCUUCAGACUGAGAGUUUGGGAAGAGGGAAACAAGGCAUAUAGAAGGUACAUAGAACAACUGAAUGAAAGAUAUACAAAAAGCAUGAUGAUCAAUGAAAGGUGGAGCCCACAUUGGUCCAUUUUUGGCUGUGGAGAAGGUGAUAAUGAAUGGAAUAAUUGGGUAAUAAUUGAGGAUGACCGUGUAAACUAGUACGAUGACCACUAGGGAUGGAGAGAGAGGGGAUGUAAGGGUUACUUGAAGUUAGAGAUAUUAAAACUCAUGCCGCUGGGUUGUAAGCUGCCCAAGUGAAAUAGGAGAUGCUGUUGCUCCAAUUUGCGCUGGGCCUCACUCUGACAAUGGAGGAGGCCCAGGACAGAAAGGUCAGUGUGGGAAUGGGAAGGGGAGUUAAAGUGUUUGACAACCAGGAGAUCGCGUUGA